AUGGGCGGCGAUAUGCGAGUUGACAAGUGUGUUGAGGAUAUCCUGAAGGAGCAUGGCGCGGCGCUCAACACCGUUGACGCCAUUAUCUGGAGUCACGCACACAUCGAUCACGUCGGACGACCCUCCCGUUUCCCCUCCCGUACUAAACCGGUUGUUGGACCCGGAAUCAAGGAGGCCUUCUACCCCGGUCGGCCCGCCGUAAAGGAAGCUCCUGUUGCGGCACGCGAGUUCCUCGGUCGGAAAGUGGAAGGACUUACACCGUCGCAGUUCAACCUGGAGAUCGGAGGCCUCAAAGCGCUCGACUACUUCGGCGAUGGCAGUUUCUAUCUCCUCUCCGCGCCAGGACACGCCCUCGGUCACCUGAACGCCCUGUGCCGCACCACAGAGGACACCUUCUUCUAUUUCGCAGGGGACAGCGUCGACCAGCUUUCGGUACUGCAGACAUCUUCACCCUCUGACCCUUCCGUAUAUGUGCACGCGCUGAGUCGCAGUUGCCCUGGUGCCGCGCUCCACGCAAGGGCAAAUCGUCCCAAGUCAGAACAUCCCAGCGAGGCGCCGUCGUUGGAGAAAGAGGCUGCUGCUCGCGAGACCCUUGCGGCCGUUCAGAGGUUCGAUGCGGAUGAUCGUGUGUUUGUGGUGGCGGCCCACGACACAAGUAUACAUGAAAUCCUGGAACUGUUCCCAGAAACGUCGAAUGACUGGAAAGCUAAAGAUCUGAAGAGGAAGGGUCGCUAUUCGUUCCUGGAGGAGCCGAAGCAGCAGGGACCUGAAGGCUCGGGAUCGGGAACAGCAUGAGCAUCGUGUGAUGCAUCUGGGACAAAGUCUAUUCAUAGGAUAUUG